CAUAAUUGAAUUAUAGAAUAAAAUAAUAAAAAAAAAAUUCUCUAAAAGGACAAAUAUUUUUCCGAUAAGAAUCUAAAGGUGAGUAUUCAUUCAGUGCCACCAUUAUUGGUGUUGUUGUUCAACAAAGUCAGAUCAGAAAUCAGAAUCCUCCGCCUAACUAAUAAUUAACUCCUAUUAAUACCAAUAAUAGCAUUAAUAAGCCCGGCAAUUAGUAAUUGGCAUCUCCUCCACCAACCACCGCCGCCGCGAGUGAGGAAAAUGUUUGGAACAGUGUCGUCGGAGAGGGAGGUUAAGGUACCAGGAAGUGAAGCGUGGAAGCUGUACAGUACCCUCGAACUCGCCAAAAUCGUCGCCGAAGCCCUUCCCAGUCUAAUCAGCAAAAUCGACGUCGUACAAGGCGACGGCGGCGCCGGAACCAUCCUCGAGCUCUUUUUUCCUCCAGGUGGGGCGGGGCUAACGUCGUACAAGGAGAAGUUCACGGUGGUGGAUGAUGAGAAACGGGUGAAGGAGACGGAGGUGGUGGAGGGCGGGUUUCUGGAUCUAGGGUUUACACUUUACCGGGUCCGGUUCGAGGUUGUAGAGAAGGCGGCGGCGGCGGAGGAGUGCAUCACGAGAGCGACGGUGGAGUAUGAGGUGAGAGAAGAAUGUAUUGCUAAUGCCGCCUUUGUUUCCAUUCAACCCCUCGUCAGUGUUAUGGAAUGUGCGGCCCGUUAUUUGACCAAGACCAGUAGCUGAGGCCCGGCCCGACCCGACCCGACCCGACCCGACCCAGAAUUUUUCAUAGCUCUAUGCAGCAUUUCAUUUCAAAAUCUAAUUUUCUUUUUUCAAGUUAUUGCUACUACUACGCCAAUGUCAGUUUGGAUUAUAUAGCUUUGGUUCAAUUUCUGAUUAUGUGUUUCAAAAAAUAAAACGGUCAACAUUUCGGGACUA